UUUAUCAAGAAAACUGCGGUAACACUGAUAAAUAUGGCGUCAGAGUCUGAAGUUCCAGGUCGCCGCACACGUUCUGGCCGGACGGCCGCACCGCCGGCAGCAUCGCUACCGACUAGAAGCACCAGGCGCACAUCAAAGAAGAACGCCCAGCUAAGUGAUCCCGAAGAGGAGCCAGAGGAGCAACCGGUAAUGGUUCAGGAAGAGGAGGAAGAGCAGGGUACAAUACCAGCGGCAGCCGCCGAGGAGGCCCCUGCCAUGGAACCGCAUUUUGAUGAGAUAAUCCAGAUGGACGAUGACGUCGAGAUGCCCGCCGAAACUGGCGGAGUAGACGAAAAGAGUUCCUCCUUUCCGUUCGGAACGGUGGCAGAGCAACAUUCUGAGACCAGCGAUGACAUCAAAGAGAGUCGGAAGGAAGCCGGCGUAGACACGCUGCUGGCCUCCUUGGCUGGCGACAAUGCCAAUAGCCUGCCGUCCGUGGGUGGCAAUGACGAAAGUGAAACCGCCAAGAAGGCUGACUUUGAGUACAACGUGGAGGCACUGCAGCCACAAGCCGAGAAACUGAAUUCGUCGGAGGACUCUAGCUCGCACCAUGCCAUAGCCGAGAGUUUAGGCGAUGAGGCUGAUACCAGUGAUGCCACCAUAGUCCAUACCGAAAUAAUCUCAGAGGAUGAACUACCUCCACCUAGCAAGCCUGAGAUUAACGAUGCCGAGGAAGUCUCCGACGAGGAGCUUCCGGCACCGCAACGUGCCGAGCUGCCAGCAGACGCCGAAGUGAUCUCUGAAGAUGAGUUGCCCACCCACAACAAUAAUAAUGCCAGUGAGGCCAAAGCUCCUGUAAAACGCAAGGCGGAGAAAGGAACUGAAGAUAAGGAUGUUAGCAUUUGUGAGACGAGCGCAAAGGAGAAGUCCGUGGAGCAAUAUAAUCCGGGAAGUCCCACUUCUGAGAGCAUUGAUGGCCAGCCCUCAGAGAAGAGGACCAAGGUGGAUGAUGCCGAGUCCAAAGAGAGGAAGAAGGAAACUGAGCGCGAUAAGGAGAAAGACAAGGAGAAGGAUAAAGACAAAGAAAAGGAUCGUAAAAAGUUGCCCGAGCUAGAUAGAUACUGGCGGGCGGUGAAAGAGGACUCUUCUGAUUUUACCGGCUGGACUUAUCUACUCCAAUAUGUGGACAGUGAGUCCGACGCGGAGGCAGCCCGAGAGGCCUACGACACAUUCCUGUCCCAUUAUCCCUACUGCUAUGGAUACUGGCGCAAGUAUGCCGACUACGAAAAGCGCAAGGGCAUCAAGGCCAACUGCUACAAGGUGUUUGAGCGCGGCCUAGAAGCGAUCCCCCUCUCGGUAGAUCUGUGGAUCCAUUACCUCACGCAUGUCAAAUCCAAUCACGACGACGAUGAACAGUUCAUUCGCCUCCAGUAUGAGCGGGCGGUGAAGGCGUGUGGCCUGGAGUUCCGAUCGGACAAGCUUUGGGACUCCUACAUCCGCUGGGAAAACGACUCCAAGCGCUAUCAUCGCGUGGUGCAGAUCUACGAUAGGCUGCUGGCCAUACCCACCCAGGGCUACAAUGGCCACUUUGACAAUUUUCAGGAUGUGAUAAAUCAGCAUGCCAUAACCAGCACAAUUGGCCAUGAGGAGCUCAUUCGCCUGCGUAAAGAUUUUUACGAACGUCAGCAGAGCAAAGCCGCCAAAUCCUCGUCCAAGAGCCGUCGCGACAGCAGUAGCAGCUCCAAAGACAAAGACUCAAAGAGCGACCGAGAGCGAGAACGGGAGAAAGAUAAGGAUAAGGAGAAGGACAAGGACAAGGACAAGGACAAGGACAAGGAAAAAGAGAAACGAGUAUCAAGUGGCGGGGGUGCUGGUAAGUCGCCAAAAGAUUCUAUUGAAACUCAUGUCGAUGAAUCAGAAAGUACUACCGAUCUGACCGAAAGCGAGCCAUCGCCUGCAGUCUUGAAGACGGCGCCCCAGAUCGAUUUCAGUGAUUUUGGCAAUCUAAGUGACGAGGAGGUGGCCAGCAUAAGGGAUAGGGCUAUCUCGGCGCGCCGCAAGAUCCACAAGGUGACAGUAAGCGCUGUGACUGCCCGCUGGUCUUUCGAGGAGGGCAUUAAGCGGCCAUAUUUCCAUGUGAAGCCGCUCGAGCGGGCUCAGCUCAAGAACUGGAAGGAUUACUUGGACUUCGAGAUCGAGAAGGGUGAUCGUGAGCGUGUCCUCGUUCUGUUUGAAAGAUGCCUUAUUGCCUGCGCCCUGUACGACGAGUUCUGGCUAAAGAUGCUGCGUUAUCUGGAGUCGCUAGAGAACCAGACCGAAGUUAUUGAUCUCAUUCGAGAUGUAUACAGUCGCGCCUGCCGCAUACAUCAUCCGGACAAGCCUAGCCUGCACCUGAAGUGGUCUGCCUUCGAGGAGUGCCAGCUAAAUUUUGAUGGUGCCGCUGAGAUCCUGCAACGCGUCGAGCAGCGGUGCCCCAAUCUCCUGCAGCUUUCUUAUCGUCGUAUUAAUGUCGAGCGACGAAGGGGAGCGCUGGACAAGUGUCGCGAGUUAUACAAGCACUACAUAGAAAGUACAAAGAACAAGGGCAUUGCCGGAACUCUGGCAAUCAAGUAUGCACGUUUCCUCAACAAGAUCUGCCACGAUCUCGAUGGAGGCUUGGCCGUUUUGCAGCAAGCACUGGAACGUGAUCCAGCCAACACGCGAGUGGCCCUGCAAAUGAUUGAUCUCUGCUUGCAGCGUCCAAAUGUGGAUGAGCAGGAGGUAGUUCAAAUAAUGGACAAGUUUAUGGCUCGCGCCGAUAUCGAAGCAGAUCAGAAGGUGCUUUUUGCACAACGGAAAGUUGAAUUCCUUGAAGACUUUGGCAGCACGGCUAAGGGCUUGCAGGACGCUCAACGGGGUCUUCAGCAGGCGCUAAGCAAAGCCAGCGAGGCCUCAAAGAAAGGUGACAGCAGUCCCAAUCGCAAAAGCUCAUCGGCCAGCAAAGAUGGUACCACUCCUGGAUCCGGAUCGUCCACCUUCGCGGCAGCCUAUAACAAUGGUGGCACAGCUGCCACGGCUGCCGCAGGCUACAACUAUGGCGCGGCCAGUGCAUCCGCUUACUACGGCCAGCAGAAUAGUGGAGGCGGCGUGUACCCUCAGCCGCCACAGCAGCAGGCUUCUUACGACUCGUACUACAGCCAGUGGGGCUACGGCCAAGGAGCAGCAUCCGGUCCUAGUAGCAGCAGUAGCGGGGGCUACAACUACGGCCAGUGGAGCGGCUAUGGAAACUACUAUUGAGACGCGACCACCCACCCAGACUCCUUGUACCUCUAAGACCCUCCCCCAGCUUGUUUGGUUUUGCCCUGCUGCUGUUCUGUUAACUAAUAGUCGUCUAUUUGUAAUUUUAUAUUGAUUCCACAUUAUUCAUACACAUACAUGCGGAUUAUGUAGCCGAUUCUCAACAGGAUAAUAAAGAAAUAUCAGCUUAA